AUGUCAUCACAGUCUAGGAAGUCGAAUAAUAGCCAUAAUAAGAAACUCGAUCCCGAGGUGAAAUUCAAGUUGGAGACGCUGACGGAGCUGUUUCCGGAUUGGACCAACGACGAUUUGAUUGACUUGGUACAUGAGUAUGAUGAUCUAGAGACCAUAAUUGACAAGAUCACUUCUGGCGCGGCCACGAAGUGGGACGAGGUAAAGAAGCCCACUAAGAAGGAGAGGCAGGAUAGGAAACAGGAGCAGCAACAGCAGCACCAGGCGGUGCUGGAGCAGGACAGCUCUUCGUCGCAUCACCAUAACCAUCAUCAUCAUCACCAUACAAGGGCAGGUCCUGGUGCCGGCGGCAGACAGUCCGGCAGUAGUGGUAGCGCGAGGAGUAGAAGACAGCAGCAUGGCAAGCACGGCGAGAGCUCGGAGGCCGCUAAGGCGCCUCCGGCAGUGGCCGCCGCCACUGCUGCUGCGGCCCGUGGCAAAUCCGGUACCAAUCAGACCGGUUCGUGGGCUAGUGUAGCAUCGUCAGACCUCAAGAAACAGGUGCUGGAAGAAGUCGAGCCCAAGAAGAAGGAGGAGGAGUCGAAACAGGAGGAACCAGAGUCGGUGGAGGCAGUUCCCGCAGCCAAGAAAAGCACCGCACCCGUCACACAGAAGCCAAAGAAAAUGUCAUGGGCAGCCGUAGCGGCCCCAAAGCCAAAGGUUGUGCAAAAGAAGCCAUCUCCUUUGAGCGACAUCAAGGACUUGAAAAGAGAGGUGGAACUGAUCGCAGACGGCGAAUCGCCCGCAAAGGACGAGAGUAUGGAGGUCAAUGUGCAAGGUAGCGAGGAUCAAAAAGUUGAGCAACCAAGUGAGCAGGAAGUUCCUCAAGAAGAGCCCGCCGAGGUAGCCGAACAAGAUGUUACAAGGGAAACGGAGGAAGAGGAACAUGCUCUAGAGGCACAGAGGGAAGAGUCGAAAGAGAAAGAGCAACAGGUUGUAGAGCCACAGGAGGAAUCCGUGACCCAAAUUCCUGCUGCUACUGUUCCGGAAAUGUCCGCACAGGUGGAAACUGCUGAAAAGCAAGAAGCUGAAGAAUCGACUGGAUUGCGCUCCAAAGAACAAGAGAAUGUCUACUACGAGCAGCAACAACAACAAUAUUUGGCACAGCAACAACAACAGCAACAGCAACAGCAACAACAACAACAACAGCAUCAACAGUAUGCUCAGAAGCCAACUGUUCAGCAAACUACUCAACAAAUUCCUCAACAGCAAGCACAACAAUCCCAACCAGCAAGUCAACAACAAAGCAAUGCCACCGCUGCUCAACAACAAUAUUAUAUGUACCAGAACCAAUUCCCAGGCUACUCUUAUCCUGCCAUGUUUGACUCGCAAAACUACUAUGGUCAACAACAGCAGUAUAGUCAGCAGCCAGCUCAAAACGCAGCUCAAAGCGGAAUGAGCGAUGCUGGCGUUUCCAGCCAAUAUAGCAUUCCUCAGGCCUAUGGACAGGUGGCCGUCGGUAGUCCAGAUAUGGCCAGCGCUGGAACUGCCACUGCUUCGCCAGCUGCAUCUCACACCCAGCCACAACAGCAACAGCCACAAUACGGUCAUUCCUUCAUGCCAUAUUAUGCACAUUUCUACCAGCAAUCCUUCCCAUAUGCCCAACCACAGUACGGCAUGGCUGGCCAAUACCCUUACCAAGUCCCAAAGGGGGGUUACAGCUACUACCCAGGUGGACAACAGACCCAGGAUAAACAACAUGUUCAGCAAAGCCCUGCUCAAUCACCAUCCCAACAAGGCGAGGACAUUCAGCAACAAGCACAAGCAUCACAACACCAAUCGCAAAAUGGACAAGCUUCUCAAACUACCCAAAAUGGGCAGCAACCAUUAAAUCCUCAACAGGUACAAUUUCAGCAGUACUAUCAAUUUCAGCAACAACAGCAAGCCGCUGCUGCUGCUGCUGCCGCCGCUGCCGCUCAACAAGGCUUGCCAUAUGGGUAUACCGGCUACGACUACACAUCUCAAGCUUCCAGAGGCUUCUACUGA